UCGUAUUGAACUAGCGCGAGGCUGUGCACAUAGGAUUUAGAGAGGCGAGAGAAGGGAAGACAGGAGAAAGGCGAGACUACAGCACUUCAGACAGCUCAACAACACAGACACUAAUAGAAAAUCAGAAGGUCAAGGUGAACAAGCUCCCCAGAUCACUAUGGCCAAAGGGGACCCCAGGAAGCCCAAGGGCAAGAUGUCUGCUUAUGCCUACUUUGUACAGACUUGCCACGAAGAGCACAAGAAGAAGACCCCUGAGAUCCCUGUCAACUUCACCGAGUUCUCCAAGAAAUGCUCUGGAAGAUGGAAGAUGAUGACAGAGAAGGAGAAAUCUAAGUUUGAAGAUAGGGCCAGACAGGACAAGGUGCGUUAUGACGCCGAGAUGAUGCACUACGCCCCAGGCGGCAAGAGGGGCAAGAAGAAGGACCCCAAUGCCCCCAAGAGACCACCCUCGGGUUUCUUUGUCUUCUGCUCGGAUCAUCGGCCCAAAAUCAAGGCCCAGUUCCCCGGCCUCGGCAUCGGAGACGUGGCCAAGAAACUCGGUGAGAUCUGGAACGGCCUUCCCGAUGCCAGUAAGCAGCCGUUCCUGAUAAAAGCUAACAAGCUGAAGGACAAGUACCAGAAGGAUGUUGCUGACUACAGGUCAGGCAAGGGGAAGGUGUGUAGCGGUGGCGGUGGCAGUGUCGGCAUCGGUGGCGGUGGCGGCGGCGGCGGCGGCGGUGGUGGUGGUGGUGGUGGUGGUGGCGGCGGCGGCGGCGGCAUGAGUAUGAGUAUGAGUAUGGGCAAUGGCAUGGCCAUGGGUGGCAUGGCCAUGGGGAUGACCAUGGGCAUGGCACCUAAGCAGAUGAUGAAAAGCCAAAAGGACGAUGAUGAUGACGAUGAUGAGGAGGAUGAUGAGGAAGACGAGGACGAGGACGAUGAGGAGGAUGACGAAUAGACUGGGUUUGCCCAUGUGUUCUACUAUAAUUAGGCUAUAAUUACAUUAUUAUUAUUUUAUUUUUAUCCCAGCAAUUUGUUUUACAGUUGAAGUGCAGUAGGGAUAAGGAAGUUGUCCCUUCGAUCUGACUUCCCCUCCCAAUUUCUACCAUUCAAACAAAAACAUUAUUUUAAGUAUACGUGUUUACUGUACCUGCUCUGCAUCUCAAAAUGUGCUGCACUCAGCUGCAGGGCCACCAGUAGACUUUAGGAGCCCUUAACUUUCCGAGAAGUGUAUGUGUGUUUCUGUGUGUGUGUGUCGGCACGAGUGUGUGUGUGUUGGGAGAGAAAGGGGGUUCAAUUUUCAAAGGUCCUAAUGUACUAGAGAAGGAUACGUUUCAGGAUUUUGGUUGAGCUCUGGUACGGUCUGGACUGUCAUUUCAUAAGGGGGUGAUUAAAGACAGGGCCUUGGAGCCCUAAGUAUUCCAAUCAUAGGUGGUGCUGGUCAUGCUCUGGUUUGAGGUAUAGAACCACUGCUGUGAGAGAGCAGACCCUGGCUCCUACCCCUGGCUCUGUGUGUGUGUGUGUGUGUGAGUGUGUGUGUGUGCGUGUGUUGCAUCCACAAUGUUGUCACAGUCCAAUGUAUUGUCGAUCUCUCUGUAUUUAUCUCACCUGUUGUAUAAUGAGAUGCAUUUAAACAAGUGGUAGCAUUGCAGCAUUUAAACAUGCUCUUGUUUUAUUAUCCUUGGCAAAGAGAUGUCAAAGGUGGUGUGUGUAACUGUAUAUGCUUGAUAUAGACUAGUUAUUUUCUUGUGUUUUUGUUACUUUCAUAGGUAUUGAAAACUGUACAUGUGUUGGUGUGGAUGCCAACGCAUCACACACUACUUCAGUCUAUAAGUUAAGCCCAUGGUUUUAUUUUGCAUUGUUGUGGGGCAAUUUGGAACUAAAAAUCGACAGAGUUCCAGAAUAUCACUUUAUAGGUGCCUGUUAGCCCUUAGUGACCAGGGCCCUUGUGUUCAUCUGAAGAAAGAAAGAAAAGAGAAAGGCGUAGAGAUUUCUCUCUCUUUCUUAGAUAUCUUAAAGGUUUUUAUUUUUUUCCUUUUGGCGAAGUGCAUUUUUUAUGUUAACUGUUGUGUAUUCCUCAUGUUUCAUGAACAAACAGAGAGAGAGUGCGACUGUUGAUGAUAAAUCUGUACUUAUAUGUAUCUAAGAUUUUUCUUUUAUAUGUUUAGGAUGCUAUGUUUGCAAUUAAACGACACAUGCAGUUUUAUAGCUGUGCUAUUUUAUUUUGAUGCUACUUCUUCUGCCCAUCUCAUAGGCUAGAAGGAACAACAAGGAGUCUUUUAUUAACAAAUUAAUGUGUUUGUCUCUUAUUAAUGAACAACCUGGAGACUUGUAAUAAAGACACCAAACAUA